ACGUACCUCUGAAACAUGCAAACAGCGUGUUGUCAAAGUAACUAUUUGACGACAAAUAGUUCUUUAUUAAAAGGGAAGGGAAUGGGGAGCAGAGAACCGACUAAAAUACAAAAACUAUUUCAAUUUAAAAUGAACUUAAAAUUAUGUUUGUGUGUUUGUAUUUUAUUGCUGUCAAUUUUAACUCGUACUUGUCUCGCAGAAUCGGAGGAGCAAAUUAAUUGUUCUAAAUUCAAAAACAGUUCUUGCAUUGGUUGCGUUGACCAAAAAUCAUGCUUUUGGUGCGAAUCUUCCGGAACCUGUGAAUACUAUUCCCUAGUUCCAAAGGGAUGCAGCAAAGCACAGUGGUAUGUAAAACAAUGCUCAAUAGCUGGUUUUUGGUUAAUAAUUGUUCUUCCCUGUGUAGCUGUGUUUUUGUUGGUUUCUUUAAUUUGCUGUUGUUGGUGUUGCUGCAAAAAAAGCCAAAAAUCUAUUGAUGAAAAGUUCAAACUUAAAGAAACAAAGCGUCAAAAAGAAAAAGAGCAAAGAAGAAUUUACCAUGAAACGAAAGAUAACGAACGUGAAAAAGAAAGAAACCGAAUACGAUCUAAAUAUGGAUUGUAUAAUUCAGAUGUAGCAUCAAAAGCUAACGAUCGUUCCCCAUUAUUAGAAUAACUUAUGUCGUUAAGUCUUUUGCAUAUAGUUUGAUUUAUAGCUUCCAGUUAAUUAUCUACGACACCAAUAUGAUCUUUUGUUAAA